UACAACUACUCAAAGCAGGAGGAAAUCCUGUGGAAAAAGUGCUUGUGAAACUUAUCAACAAAAUUCUUCUUGAAGCUCGAAUACCAGAGCAAUGGAUGAAUGCCAUCGUCACCAUCAUCCACAAAAAAGGCGACAUUGCAAAACUUAGCAAUUAUCGGCCGAUUAGCUUGCUCUCUCAGAUUUAUAAACUUUUUACAAAGAUUUUGACCAUCUGGCUUAGCAGUGAACUUGACGAAGCGCAGCCUAUUGAGCAGGCUGGCUUUCGGAGCGGCUUCUCAACCAUCGACUAUAUCCACACGGUAAAUCAGCUGAUGGAGAAUUGUCUCGAAUUCAACCAGUCCCUUGUCAUGGCCUUCGUCGAUUAUGACAAGGCCUUUGACAGUAUCGAACAUUGGGCCGUGUUCCACGCUCUUCAUCGCUGCCAUAUCGAUUCCCGCUACGUGGAUGUGCCCCGGGAACUCUACAGUUCAGGUACCGUUCACUAUGCAGAGCAUCAGCCUAAAGAGAUCUCAAAAAGAAUCCUGCUGGGAUGGGCUGCGUUUAGCAAGUUAGGUGACAUCCUUAAAUCAGGUAAGGUUCCACAGUGUCUGAAGACCCGCUUGUUGAAUCAAUGUGUUCUGCCCACCAUGACGUAUGGUGACGAGACGUGGACGCUCACGCAGGAGACUGUAUACAGGUUGAGAGUUGCACAGAGGGCCAUGGAGCACGCUAUGCUCGGCAUCACCCUUGUGAACAUGCCAUGA